CCCUGCCCCGCGCCCUCGGGCGGCCCCGGGGGGAGGGGCGGGGGCACAAAGGGAUCGGGGAGCCCGGGCCGGCACCGUCCGCAGCCCCGCACAAAGGCUCCGGGGGCCUAGGAGAUUUCAGCUAUCCUAAGACAAAAGUUCUGCAGAUAUGACCUCUUCUCAAGUGACUUUUGAAGUAAAAGGAACAGCAGAACCAGGAGAGGUUUUUGCAAUAUGCGGGAGCUGCAGUGCUUUGGGGAAUUGGAAUCCACAAGGUGCUGUGGUCCUCCAAACUAUUGAUCGUCAAUCAUGGAAAGUUGCUGUAGAGCUUCCUAGAGGAGUUCCUGUUCAGUAUCGAUAUUUUAAAGGAUACUUCCUAGAACCUAAGACUAUCGAUGGUCCCUGCGAAGUCAUAGUUCACACGUGGGAGACUCAUCUGCAACCACGAUCAAUUACCCCUUUAGAAGAUGAAAUUACUGUUGACGAUGGUUUCUUUGGAAUCCAUAAUGGUAUUGAAACUGUGGAUGCUGGGUGGCUGACAUGUCAAACAGAAAUAAGAUUACGUCUGCAUUAUUCUGAAAAACCACCUGUACUGAUAUCUAAGAAGAAAUUUAAAACAUCGAGGUUUAGAGUAAAAUUGACCCUAGAAGGCCUAGAGGAAGAUGAAGAUGAUGAAGAGGGCCAAGAGAAAACAUCCCCUACUGUACCUCAGAAAAUGGCAAACACUGUGGAGUUCUCCUUAAUAAGUAAUAAUGACUAUAAAUGUCGACACACUCAGCCAGACUGUGGUUAUGCUCUGCAGCCAGACCGAUGGAUAGAAUACACAAUACAAACCAUGGAACCUGAUAACUUGGAAUUAAUCUUUGAUUUUUUUGAGGAAAAUUUAGGUGAGAAAGUAGUACAAGGCGAUGCGCUCCCAGGCCAUGUAGGUUCUGCCUGCCUCCUGUCAUCCACAAUUGAAGAACUUGGGAAGAGUGCUGGAAUUAUUACGCUUGCUAUUAUGAGCAGAAAUCCAAGGAAGACAAUUGGAAAAGUUAGAGUGGACUACAUAGUUAUUAAACCAAUCCAGGGAUACACUUGUGAUAUGAAGGCUUCAUAUGCAAAAUAUUGGAAACCAAGAACAACUCUAGAUGUUGGACACAGGGGAGCAGGAAACUCUACAACAACAGCUAAACUUGCUAAAGUUCAAGAGAACACCAUUGCCUCUCUGAGGAAUGCUGCUAGUCAUGGAGCAGCAUAUGUGGAAUUUGAUGUACAUCUUUCUAAAGAUCAUGUGCCUAUUGUAUACCACGAUCUCACAUGUUGCAUGGCCAUGAAAAAGAAACUGGAUACAGAGCCUUUGGAACUGUUUGAGAUUGCAGUCAAAGAACUUACAUUUGAUCAGCUGCAGUUAUUGAAGCUGGCUCACGUGACUGCCCUGAAAGUAAAAGAUCAGAACGCAUCUUUUCAAGAGGAAGAAAACUCUGCUUUUGAGACCCAGCCAUUUCCUUCACUGCAAAGAGUCCUGGAGUCUGUUUCUGAAGAUGUUGGGUUCAACAUAGAAAUAAAAUGGAUCUCCCAGCAAAGGGAUGGACAGUGGGAUGGCAACUUGUCAACUUACUUUGAUAUGAACCUUUUUCUAGAUAUUAUUCUAAAAACUGUUUUGAUGAAUGCUGGAAGAAGAAGAAUUGUAUUUUCUUCUUUUCAUGCAGAUGUUUGUACAAUGAUUCGGCAUAAGCAAAACAAGUAUCCUGUGUUAUUUCUCACCCAAGGAGAAUCCAAACUCUACCCAGAGCUUAUGGAUCUUAGAUCUCGCACAACUCCAAUUGCCAUUACUUUUGCACAGUUUGAAAACUUGCUGGGAAUUAAUGUGCAUUCCGAAGAUCUGCUGAGGAAUCCAUCAUUUAUUAAAAGGGCCAUAUCUGAGGGCUUAGUUAUUUUUUCGUGGGGUGAUGAUGCAAAUGACCCAGACAACAGGAAGAAGUUGAGAGAAUAUGGUGUUCAUGGGCUAAUAUAUGACAGGAUAUAUGACUCAAAUCCUGAGCAACCAAAUAUAUUCCAGGUGGAGCAGCUGGAACGUCUUAAGAGAGAAUUGCCAGAGCUGAAAAGCUGCGUGUGUCCCACAGUUAGCCACUUCAAAUCCAUAGUUCCAUGUAAAUGUCAUAAUAGUUACCUGGAAGAGAAAGCUGUAGAUAACUUGAAGAGUGUUCAAAUGCAAAAGGACUAAUUUUAGGCAGAAUGCUGUUUUGUAUCUAGCAAAUUUUCACUAUUGGAACAGUCCUGUCUAUGCUUUCAGGUUGGUUUAUUUUAUUUUUAAGUCUCCAAAUAGCAAUAACUGUGUUCCUCCUUCCUAACAGUACUUACCAAAAUUUCAAACAACGUUAAUAUAUUCAGCCCGUUAUUGUUAUUGUUCCAGUUUACAUAUACAGUUUUAACUUUCCCCUAUAAUCAUGUCAAAUCUUGAAAAACAAAAUUAACGCUAGUGCUUUUAAAAAACAAAUUAAUUAAGCAGUCUCAGUAGUGAAAGCUCAGAAACUAAAUCUUAGGGAAAUUAUAAUGAAUACAAAUUACAAUAUUGAAUAUGCUGAAAAAUUGUUUUGACUUUGAUUUUACUUAGAGGCUGACAAGCUGUAGCAUUUAUCUGACAACAGGAAUUUAAGAGAGUGAUUGUGAGAUACAUAUAAAUAGAUCUGGCCUAUAAAAAGAUCUGAGUGAAUUGGUACCUCAUAUAUAUGUAUUUGCACUGAUAGAUCCACCUGUACAAAGCUUUGUGCAAUUUGAAAAUAUUUAUAUAACUUUUUUAGUAAACUGCAAUCAUGUUUUCCCAGUUCAUUGGACAUUUAGGCUGCUGCCUUUGUUGUCUUGUUUGUCAGUUUGUACUGUGCCUGUGUAUAGCAAUUAGGGGUGAACCACAAGUAUGAUUUUAUUUUUUUUCGUUAGUCGCACACAGGCCUGCAAAACUUUAAAAAUGUUGCUAAUAAUUUU